CCCUCCCCUCUGGGCUCGGAAAAUGAGGCCUGGACACUCCAGAAAAAUACAGCCCGAGAGGCUGCAUCAGGCAGGGCCUAAGCCAGGAACUUUGCCAAGGGAGCAGAGCUCGGCUGCCCGUUCCGGCCCCUGGCUGAACGUCUCGCCUUCCUGAACAGCGGUUCUGCUUUGCACACAGCUUCUCCGGUGUGGGGGGGAAGAUUGGCCCGAGCCAGCCGCGUCCUGCCCCGGUCCCUUCGCUGACUGUUCUGGGAGCUCCGGCUAGGACGUGGCUCCUGGCUGCUGGUCUUGGGUUUGAGCUGGGACCCACCCCCCACCCCCCCAGCGGAGCUAGGCUCAUCACUGCGUGUCUUCCCCCCGCCCCCCACGAGGGACUGGUCCUGCCUUGCCUGCUCGGUUGGAUCUGGGGUUCAUGGGUUGGACACGAGGUCGUUUAUCUCUUGCUCUUUCGUUCCCUGCACAGGUCUGGCAGAGAUGCUGCUGCUCCGACCCAUCGUGAGAGGAUGCUGGGUCCUCCAGAGAACGCCCAGGUUGGCAGCUGUGGCCUGGGGGUCCCACCCCCAAGCCUGCGCUGCCUGGACCCCCUCCCGCGCUCAUGGCACCUGGAGCCCGGGCGACGGCAGCCGGAGACGGAAGGUCAUGGCCGUGGGGGCUCUGCUGGGCCUGGGCGCCGGCCUGGCCUACGGAGAUCACCGCAGGCGGGCGGCGGAGGCCGAGCCGAACGCUGAGGCCGCGCCGGGGGCGCCGUACCCCGUGUUCACCCGCCAGGAGGUGGGGCGGCACCGCAGCCUGGCCGAGCGGGUCUGGGUGACCUACGGCCGCGAGGUCUUCGACAUCACCGACUUCGUGGAGCUGCACCCGGGGGGCAAGAGCAAGAUCCUGCUGGCGGCAGGGGGCGCCCUGGAGCCCUUCUGGGCCAUGUACGCCGUGCACAGCCAGGCACACGUCCUGGAGAUCCUGCAGGCCUACAAGGUGGGGGAGCUGAGCCCCGAGGAGCAGAGUCAGGCCACCCAGGGGGACCCCUACUCCGGGGACCCCCCUCGGCACCCCGCCCUCCAAGUCAACAGCCUCAAGCCCUUCAACGCGGAGCCGCCGGCCGAGCUGCUGACCGAGAACUACCUGACGCCCAACCAGCUCUUCUUCAAACGCAACCACCUCCCGGUGCCGGCCGUGGACGCCGCCAGCUACCGGCUGCAGGUGGAGGGGCCGGGGGGCCGCGUGCUGGCGCUCUCGCUGCCCGAGCUCAAGCGCCGCUUCCCCAAGCACGAGGUGACGGUCACCCUGCAGUGCGCCGGGAACCGCCGCUCGGAGAUGAGCCGCGUCCGGCAGGUGAAGGGGCUGGAGUGGGGGGUGGCGGCCAUCAGCACGGCCCGCUGGGGCGGUGUCCGGCUCCGGGAUGUCCUGGCGCACGCCGGCUAUGGGGAGGAGGAGGAGGAGGCCGGGGAGCAGCACGUCUGCUUCGAGGGCCUGGAUAAGGACCUGAGCGGGGCGGCCUACGGAGCCUCCAUCCCGUACCGCACGGCCAUGGGCCCCGGGGCCGACGUGCUGCUGGCCUACGAGAUGAACGGCGAGGAGCUGCCGCGGGACCACGGCUACCCGCUGCGGGUGGUGGUGCCGGGCGUGGUGGGCGCCCGCAACGUCAAGUGGCUGGGCCGGGUCUCCGUGAGCCCGGAGGAGAGCCCGAGCCACUGGCAGCGGAACGACUACAAGGGCUUCUCGCCCGCCGUGGACUGGGACACGGUGGAUUUCACCACGGCCCCCGCCAUCCAGGAGCUGCCCAUCCAGUCGGCCAUCACGGACCCCGCGCCGGGGGCCACCGUCCCGCCCGGGGAGCUGACGGUCAAGGGCUACGCCUGGAGCGGGGGCGGGCGCGGCGUGGUGCGCGUGGACGUCUCGCUGGACGGCGGCCGGACGUGGCACGUGGCCGAGCUGACAGGCGAGGAGCAGCGGCCGGGCCGGGCCUGGGCCUGGCGCCUGUGGCGGCUCACGGCCCCCGUUCCCCCCGAUGCCACAGAGCUGGAUAUUGUCUGCAAGGCCGUGGACGCCAGCUACAACGUGCAGCCCGACACGGUGGAGCCCAUCUGGAACCUGCGGGGGGUGCUGAGCAACGCCUGGCACCGCGUCCGCGUCACCGGGGCCGAGGAUUAACGGGGGGGG